AUGGCGUCCUCCAGCGGGAGCGGGAGCACGGGCUCGCUGUCGACGGCGGCGGCCAUGGCGAUGGCGGCCGCGUCGGGCACGGAGGAGGAGAUGCAGGCGCUCAUGGAGCAGCGCCGGGCCAAGCGGAUGCUCUCCAACCGGGAGUCGGCGCGCCGCUCGCGGAUGCGCAAGCAGCGCCACCUCGACGACCUCGCCGCGCAGGCGGCGCACCUGCGCCGCGAGAACGCGCACGUCGCCGCCGCGCUCGGCCUCACCGCGCGGGGCCUCCAGGCCGUCGACGCCGAGAACGCCGUCCUCCGCACCCAGGCCGCCGAGCUCGCCGCGCGCCUCCACUCGCUCAACGACAUCAUCGCCUGCAUGAGCGCCAGCAACAACACCGCCGCCGCCGUCGCGCUCACCGUCGCCGCAGCAGCCACCGCCACCACCACCGACCCGUUCCUCGGCGGCUUCGACGGCGCGUCGCUCGACGACUACCUCUUCAGAUCCUCCCCCGAGAUGUUCAUGUUCCCAGCCCUGCAAAGCUAG